AUGGACGACCUCACCCCAUCGCCGGCGAGCGAGGUGCCGUUCCGCAUCAGCUUCUCCGGCCACGGCGGCCACCUCCGCCUCGACCCUACCCCCCACCCGCUCAGCCCCGUGCCCGACUUCGUCCUGCCGCCGGCUUACCCACCCGAGAGUCCCAGCAGCGUGAAGGAGUACCUCGAGGCCAAUUACCUCAACCCCGAGCUCUAUGUCCCUACCGCGGCCAAUGACGGCAGGGUGUGGGAUGUGGACUGGUUCGACCUCGCCAGGCCGCCUUUGGAGCCCUCUGCCCCGCGCACCAUGCUCGUCCCCGCCUGGGAGCCACCUUUUCGUCGACAAUCGUUGUCGUCGUCUGAGCAGCAAGUUUGGGACCCUGAGUCUGUGCAGAUGGAGAUGAGCCAAGUGUUCGACUCGGGGACUGGGGGGAUGGUGCCACGAAUGCCAGGCCCGGCGAAGGACUUUGUGAGGGGGAGAGUCAACAGCCGGCCAUUCCGCCCGGGAGGCCUGCAGGACGAUGCAGCUGAGGCGGCAGCAUUGGAGAAGGCAUUUCCAGAGGGUGCGCGGAAUGGUGAUUGGGUGCGUGAGCUUAUGAGUGGUGGCCCUGCUCUAAAUGCUCCGCCAGGGUUCCCCAAGGGAUUGGACUUAGGCCAGUUGAAGGAGUAUAACAGCCACUGGAAGUGUUUCCGGGAUGGUGAGCAUGUCGAGGAACGUGCAUCUUCAUCAAAUGACACAACGGAUAAGUACUCGGUGCAGUUUGAUGAUUUGUUCAAGAUAGCUUGGGAGGAAGAUGAUGUCAACAUUGUGCCACAUGAAGAUGAUGAUGUCAAUGAACGAAAGGUUGAUAAGUUGCAAGAUGCUUCUGAAACUCUUACAAUGGCAGAUACUGACAAACAGGAAGCUAAUAUCAGAGGAGAUAUUUCUGAAGCUCAAACGGACUUGGAUAAAAUGUUAUCAUCUGAAGUGAAAGAUACCCGCAGAGAAACAAGUGGAUUAGUUGAUGAUAAGCCAGCACAGGAGGGCACGGAUUGGGCACUCGUUGUUGGGGAUAAUUCUAUUGUGACAAACUUCCACAAACUUGUUCCAGAUAUGGCAAUUGAAUAUCCCUUUGAAUUGGAUAAGUUCCAGAAGGAGCAUUGCACCAGGGCUGUCUAUACUGCUCCCAUUAAGACUAUCAGCAACCAGAAAUACCGAGAUUUCUGCGGGAAGUUUGAUGUGGGACUUCUUACUGGAGAUGUUAGCAUCAGACCAGAGGCAACUUGCUUAAUUAUGACAACAGAAAUAUUGCGCUCAAUGCUCUACAGAGGUGCUGAUAUUAUACGGGAUAUUGAAUGGGUAAUAUUUGAUGAAGUGCAUUAUGUGAAUGAUGCCGAGAGAGGUGUAGUUUGGGAGGAAGUUAUUAUAAUGCUCCCAAAGCACAUUAACAUUGUCCUCCUUUCAGCAACGGUUCCGAAUACAGUUGAAUUUGCUGACUGGAUUGGCCGAACAAAACAGAAGAAAAUUCGUGUCACAUCGACUAACAAAAGGCCCGUUCCCCUCGAGCAUUGCCUGUUCUACUCUGGAGAGGUAUACAAAGUAUGUGAGAAGGAUAUAUUUCUUACUCAAGGAUUUAGAGACGCCAAGGACGCUUUCAAAAUGAAAAAUGCAAACAAGUUUGGAGCGAAACCUGGAACAAAAUCAGGAACUCCUGCAGUACGUGCUGGAACUCAAGGCAGAAAUCCAGACACGUCUAGUAAAGGGAGAGAUCAGAAGCACCCAAAGCACCACCAAACCAAUUCAGGAGCAGCAGCAAUUCAGCAAAGCACCUCAGGGUCAAGGAGAUCUGAGUCUUCAUUCUGGAUGCCGCUUAUAAAUAACCUUUUGAAGAAAUCACUUGUGCCUGUGGUAAUUUUUUGCUUCUCAAAGAACAGGUGUGAUAGGUCAGCAGAUAGCAUGUUUGGUGCUGAUCUCACCAGUAGUUCUGAUAAAAGCGAAAUCCGUGUCUUCUGUGAUAAGGCCUUUUCGCGCCUCAAAGGAUCCGACAGGAACCUUCCUCAGGUCGUAGGAAUACAAAGCCUUCUGCGAAGAGGAAUUGGAGUUCACCAUGCUGGGCUUCUUCCUAUUGUGAAAGAAGUAGUUGAGAUGCUGUUUUGUCGCGGUGUGAUCAAGUGGUGCAGGUCUGCUGCUCACAUGGAGCCGAGCUCAUCUCAAAUACUGCCAACUAGCGUUGUACUCUUCCUCCCAGCUGAUUUUCCGAUCGUCUCCAAUGGUGUCUCUCGCCUGAAGAGAGUACUGUUUUCCACUGAGACAUUUGCAAUGGGUGUUAAUGCUCCUGCAAGAACGGUCGUGUUUGAUACUUUAAGGAAGUUUGAUGGAAAGGAACAUCGAAGGUUACUUCCAGGGGAAUAUAUUCAAAUGGCUGGACGAGCUGGUAGGAGAGGACUAGAUACCAUAGGUACAGUGAUAAUGAUGUGCCGUGAUGAAAUUCCUGAGGAAAGUGAUCUGAAAAAUCUUCUUGUUGGAAAACCAACUCGACUGGAAUCUCAGUUUCGACUAACAUACACUAUGAUACUACAUCUUCUACGUGUGGAGGAACUUAAGGGGUUUAGUGCAUUUUUUCUUUGCCUGUAUACUGGCUAUGGCCUCAUGAGAAUACAAGUUCCUAUUCCUAACAGCUGCACUGCUCAACUCAGAGAGUCUGUAUUCGGGGGUAACACCUUGUACCUGGCAUGGGUUGGUGCCCCCAUUAUCUCUACCAUUGGAUGUGCAUUGAGAUCUGCGCACAUUCUGUUACCACAAAUAUAUCGUGAGAGCAUGUGCACAAAUCUCGAGGUGGAGGACAUGCUUAAGAGAAGUUUCGCAGAAUUCCAUGCACAAAAGGAUUUGCCUCAGAAGGAAAAGCUGCUUCUGCAAAUGCUACGUCAACCUACAAAGACAAUCGAGUGCAUAAAAGGAGAGCCUUCUAUUGAAGAAUAUUACGAUAUGUUUCUAGAAGCCGAAGAACACAGGGAAUUUGUCACAGAAGCAAUUAUGCAGUUGCACACUACUCAGCAGUUCCUUGCGCCUGGAAGAUUGGUGGUUGUUAAAUCCAAAUCUGAUGAUGAUCACUUGCUUGGCGUAAUUGUGAAAAAUCCAUCCGCUACACUAAAGCAGUAUGUUGUUCUUGUACUGACCGGUGAUUGCACUUCAUCUGCGCUAGCCCCUAAUUUAUCCAGUCAAAAUGAGAAGGGGCCAGGGGAUUCUCAAGGAUAUUUUAUUAUCCCGCCGAAAGGAAAACGUGGCAUGGAUGAUGAUUUUUUCUCUUCCUCUAGAACACGAAAAAGUUCAGGUGUUAUCAAUAUAAAGCUACCAUACACGGGGGACGCAUCUGGAAUGGGUUUUGAAGUAAGAACUGUGGAGAAUAAAGAGAUUAUUAGUAUAUGUACAAGCAAAAUAAAGAUUGAUCAAGUCGGACUCCUUGAAGACAUUAGCAAAACAGCUUACGCUAAAACAGUUCAAAUGCUUAUUAAAGAGCAGACAGAUGGAAAGUAUCCUCCUGCGCUAGAUGCAAUAAAAGACCUAAAAAUGAAAGACAUGGAUCAAGUUAAAAGAUACCAUGCACAUAACAACCUACUGGAAGAAAUGUCUAAAAACAAGUGCCAUGGUUGUAUAAAAUUGAAGGAACAUAAGUCAAUGAUGAAGGAUCAAAAGGUGCACAAGGAUGAGCUGGAUCAACUGAAAUACCAAAUGUCAGAUGAGGCACUUCAGCAGAUGCCACAGUUUCAAGGCAGAAUCGAUGUACUAAAGGAGAUCCAUUACAUCGAUUCCGAUCUUGUUGUGCAACUUAAGGGCCGAGUGGCAUGUGAAAUGAACUCUGGUGAAGAGUUAAUAUCAACAGAGUGUUUAUUUGAAAAUCAGUUGGAUGAAUUAGAACCCGAAGAAGCUGUGGCUAUUAUGUCUGCAUUUGUUUUCCAACAACGGAACGCGUCAGAACCAUCUCUCACUCCGAAACUGGCUGAUGCCAAAAAGAGGCUCUAUGACACGGCAAUCAGCUUAGGGCAGCUCCAAAAGAGGCACGAGGUGCCUGUGGAUCCUGAGGAGUAUGCACGUGAUAAUCUCAAGUUUGGUCUUGUUGAGGUUGUCUACGAAUGGGCAAAGGGAACGCCUUUCGCGGACAUAUGUGAGCUGACAGAUGUAUCUGAAGGGCUGAUUGUAAGAACAAUUGUGCGGUUGGAUGAAACAUGUAGGGAGUUCAGGAAUGCGGCUUCCAUAAUGGGUAACUCUGCUUUGUACAAGAAAAUGGAGAUCGCGUCCAACGCCAUCAAGCGUGACAUUGUCUUUGCAGCAAGUUUGUAUGUCACAGGAAUAUGA